AUGUCGGCUCGUUCCUUCUCACCGCCAGCGCCGAUGCGUCGGUCUUACUACGACUAUCCUCACCACGCCCAGCCUCACCACCUCCCCCACCCUGAUCAUCGCCGCCCAUCACAUCAUCAUGCUCCUCUUGCCGAGUUGCAUUCGCACCAUGGUCGCGUCGACAUCAUAUCUCCCGCCUCCACCUCCGCCCACUCUGCUGCUGCUCCGUAUGCCCAUCAGCCCACUUCCGCUACACUACCUCCCUCGGUACAGCGACCCAUGCACCAACUUGUCCCGGAACAGCAACUCCAACUCGCCAAUAUCCAUCGCUUCACUCCUUCUUGCUCGAGAUGUCGCCAAAAGAAGCUCAAGUGCGACACCAACUUACCAUGCAAUCAGUGCAUUGCAAAGGGCGUGCACGACGAUUGCCGCAAGGAUUCCAGAGUACCUCGAGGCAGGAAGCGUCCCAAACUCGCACCCACGAGCUCUUCUGAAAAGCCCGAGGAUGAGAUCGCUUCGCUUCGCAGCCGCGUCAAAGAGCUCGAGCAGAUGCUAGCAAGAGGCAAUCCAGCACGCGAUCCACCUCAGCCUCCUUCACCUUCCGCCAGCCGACACCCUUCCGACAAGCAAGCGCUCUCCUCACGCAAACUCGGAACAAGUUCGCGUGCUUCUCACACCACAGCACCCUCGGAUGCCGGCCACAGCCGCUCACGCGACCGUUACAGUCCCACAUCGCCUUCCUUCGAUUCAGACGAAGAGGAGCCGGGCGAGACAGAGACUUCGCUCGUCGCCCUCGAGAAGCUCGCUGCCUCGGAUCCUCGCGUCAGCGAGCCCGGUCACGGCAAAGCCAUGCACAAGCACAUCAACAGCGUGCUCCCCAGUCGCAUCUCUCGUAGCGCCACAAAUGUCCACCCUGGCACCAUCAACGAGCGUAUCGACAUCCUCGCCACCGCAAAGCGUCUCUUGCCCGAAAAGCAUAUCGUCGAUGCGCUUAUCCAUACCUUCAACCUUCGCUGCCACAACCUGGUCGGGCGCAUCGUCCACAUGCCUUCUUUCAGCAAAGACGUCGACUUUCUUGUUCAAGCCUCUGUUGAAGAAUUGCUCACCUCGCCACUAGACAUGCACGACCUCGCUCGCGCCCUCAUCAUCCUGCGUCUCGGCAUGCGCUUCUACCCUUGGAAAGGCGGCAUGUUCACUGACGACACUACACCAGAGUUCAUUGCCAUCAACGCGCUCAAGAACAGGGGCGAUGAUGUCUCGUUGCAAUGGCUCAAUGUUGCAAAGAGAGCUCUGGCUGUGGAUCGCACCUUCAGCCUCGCCUCGCUCAAAGCGAUCCAGACAGCUCUUCUCAUGAUCCUCGAUGGACGCGACUCUGCGGCGUAUCUUCGCAUGCUCCUGCGCAUCUCGAUUCAGACUGCCCUCGACAUGGGCCUGCAUCGUCUCGGCAAUGCCAUGCCCUCCUCCAACAACCUCGAGGACGACAUUGUGCAGCUCGAGUCCGGUGUGCGCAUCUGGUGGUACCUCGUUGUCAAAGAUUGGUGUUCAGCGCAACGCGAAGGCGCCUACACCAUCCAUCCGUCUCAGAUGACCACGCGCAAACCGCUCCACACCACCGACGACCGACUCUCCGACGGGCGCACCGACGAGAUCUCGCGCGACCAGCACUGCGAGACCUCCUACACGCUGUGUCAAAUCGAACUCGCCAACAUCAUCCGCGAAUCCAUCGACCUGCGCAACGAGCAGUCCACCCUCGGAGGCGCCUACGACGUCAUCUCGCCCAACAACAAGAAGCUGCUCCACGUCAAGCUCGAGACGUUCCUUUCCGAUCUUCCUCCGUUCUACCGGCUGGAGAGCACCGAGAUGCGCCCGGGCGUGCUGGCGGUCCAACGCAGCCUGUUGCAUCAGCAGACGUUUGAUGUGUUGCUCAAGCUCAAUCGACGGAGUCUAUCGUCGUACAGCGAGCGGGCGACGUGUGCGUUGCUGGCCGAGCAGAUCGUUUCGACGCAAAAGUUGCUCAGGAGCGUGUGUCCGGUGAUCGAUGGGUUCUGGGUCAACUUCCUGCAUCUGUUCGGGGCGACGUUGACACUGACGAUUUCCUUGUUGCUGGACGAGGAGAUGGAGGGGGAGACGCGGGGGAGGAGGAGGGACAAGGUGGAGGGGGCGCUGACGACGAUGCGCGAGACUCCGGGGUCCGACCGGGGGAGUCGCAUUAUCGAGACGCUGCUGGAAGAGGAGCAGCGGCAGUGGGAGGCGGGUUCGGGGCGCAAGUCGCUCGACCUGGCCGCGCUGACCCGGCGGAUUAUCGCUCAGACUGCGGAGCUUCCAGACUUGCCCGGACGAUUCGACGGCGAAGCGUCGAGCAGCGACGCGCGGGCCCAGACGCUGCUCUGGGAUCUGACACCAGACGAAUCGGUCAUUCCUGCUUUUGCCUCGUCUUGGGGCGCCACCGCGCUGCUCGACCCAACGGACCCGACGGGAAUUCUGACAUUGCUGCCGCAGCCCGCGGCGCACUCGGCGAGUGCGAGCGGCUCGGUGUUCACGCAAAAUCAGGACCGACCUGCGCGCUCGUACGAGCACAGCCUGCGACCGUGGCAGGAGCCAUCGCGUGGCGAAGCGGACGAGAACAACUUGUGGGGAUGGGUGUUCGACCAGGCUGCGCUGGUGGGUGGACCCGAACCGCCCGUUGAAGGUGCGCCGGUCGCACGGAAGGCGAGUAUCGAUGCUCCCCUGCCGGCAGGUUCGCCAUCGAAAGGCCUCGCCCAGAUCGGACAGGGUGAGAAUGGACGUCGCACAUCGAAAAGUCCUACCGAACACUCCGGCCUGUCGCAGGCAAGGUACGCCCCCCAACCCGCUUACCGUAGCCCAUCGGUGCUGUCCCCACCCCAACCGCUCGCCGCCCACGUGCCAGAAGAGGCACGCUCCAAACCAACCGGCCCUUACGCCCAACCCCGAUUCUGGCCCGCUAACCACCACUAA